CUGGGCCUCUCUCACUCUGGGGUGGAGUGCGGUCCGGUGGGGCGUGGGCCGUGGGGACCUGUAACCUGUGAUCUCAUUGACCUGUGUCCUGUGGCCAACUGCCACUGACUGGGGCCGGGUGGCAGGUGGUCCGUGGUUUUUUUUUGUACAAAACUUUGAAACUUACGUCUCCGAGAGUGACUAUGAGACUGUGAGAGACGUAAACUCUCGCUGGACGUACUCUCAUACUCGAUCAUAUCUAAAAAGAGUUUUAGACAUAUCAUUCCGAUGCCAUAUUCGCAUACAUACGAUUCCGGUCAACAUGCACAUAACACUGCAUACACACUCGAGCGAGAACAUACUUCAUUUGACCAUUAUCUUCCAUUGAUAACCAAACACUUUUUUAUCGCUAGUCAAGUACUGUCAUACACGUGCAAAUUCACAUACCAAUACAAUACACAUUAAGCCACUAACACGAGGGCUUUUAAAAGAGGGUUCGACCUUUAAUCAGACCUCAAUACGCAAGUAUUCCGAAAGUAAAGGUGGAACAUACUACACACCGAUCCCAAUUUAUCUAUCAGGCAUAUAAGUCUCACUCAUAAUUGCGUACAUUGAUUAAGUCGUCUUCAUGCUUCAAGAUAUCGUCUCUCCAGUAGCAGUGGAGGCCAAGAGCGUGUCUGACGAUGCGUUGAGACACCAGUGGCGCGAAGCUGACUUCUCGAGUAUUAUGUUCUGCAGUCUGUGUGAUAAGAUGAUAUCUACAAUUAGUGAGCGAGGGGUAAAAUGUGGAGAGUGUGAUUUUACUGUCCAUGCCAGGUGCCUGGAAAAAACUCCAGAUUUGUGCCCGGAACGACUACUUGAUGUGGAUAUGGCACUGCUCCCCACUCUCAGCGAGAAGCCUCCUCCCAGAUGCCUGGAAAAGAACUAUCCAAGGCUCAUAGACGUUCUGCUCUACCCGCCAAAUAUGCACACCUUCCGUGCACACAGAUAUACGAAGCCCACGUGCUGCACCGUGUGUUCCAAGAUGCUGUCUGGGACUAGAUCGCAAGGAAUGAAAUGUAUUGACUGCGACUACAACAUACACGCUCAGUGCUACAACGGCCUUAGGCCCUGCUGUCUGGCCCCGAGGCUCAAGCCGCAAAAGCGGGAUCCCGGUUUAAGAGUACUGCCCCUGGCGUCCCGCUCUUCACCCAGAAGUACCAGUGCGGGUGCAAUGUCGACACGCCUUGGUACUCUACAGCCGAUGCUAACUCCCAAAUCAGACCCAGCGUUGAGUGUCACACCUGCCAUACUUUUAAUGCAAGCGUCCUCCGCAGAUAGCCUGCUCAGAGCCACCGCAUUGCAGCAACAGCAGGAGAAGCCUCCGCCCAGACCCAAGCGUGCUAUGUCAGCCAGCGUACUACCCGUUGCGCGUGGUGAGGACCACAGUAAGAAUGUGGACAGUACAGGGGAGAAUGUUAGAAAAGCCCCAAGCCCCAAACCUCGUCCGCACCCACACACGUCUUCAGACGGAUACACGGAUAUAAAACCAUUCCGCAGCGCGGCGAUGCACACUAAUGUUAGCCCUCCAGUACCCGCACGGCCCUCUAGGCUGCUUGGCGUUCUGGAAGCGAAAGAAAGACCUGUAUCCACGUCUUCAAUCCCGCAAUCGCAUGACAAGUCCCCACAGCCACACCAUACUCGCACACACUCAGAUACGAGUGGUAGUGUACGUAAUAUCACGACUCUUGAGACUGCUGCUUCAGGCGCCACAGGCGUAUUAGAUGGGUGGAAGUGCAGCGUAAUCGGGGGGGUAUACGUCGAGCAGAUGGAUAAAAAAGAAGCAGAGGCCUUCCUAAUUACUGUGGGUGGCGCUGAGGGAGACUACUUAGUUCGGUCUAGCGCCAGCAGCGAGGGUAGUAUCACAGUGUCGUUUGUAACUGAUAAGAGAGUGUGUCAUACACGUGUCCACAAAGAAAGUGCGAAAGUUUAUAUAGUACCGGACAAGAAAUUUGAUAGCGUUGCCGAGUUGUUAAAUUUCCAUCAAAAAGAGCCGAUCGAGUUGCACUCGAAAACAACGGAGAACUCUGUGUCUGUUGUGCUGAAUCGAGAGCUUCCCGUGCGUACGUAUUAGGAGUUAGUUAUUGUGCAAGUUUUCGUUGAUAAAAUAAUUCUCCUCCGCGGUACGCGAUCAUCCUCUGAGCCGCAUGGGAAGCUAGAACGAGAAGAUUAUAUAUAUAUAAUUCAGACCAGCGCGAAAUCGAUGGUGGCAAUCAAAUGAAAAUGAAAUUUUGGAUAUAUAUUAGAUGUGGGAUCGAGAUUUACAGUACAAUGGCGAGGAGCAAGUACGUCUUGUCCAAACCUGAAGCACUAGUGGGACUCAUUUUCAAAAUUAAGUAUUAAAAAGAUCUGGUAAUCCAUCAUCUCGCGAUAUAUCAAAGAAAAGGUCCCGAUGAAUCGGAUUAGGCAUGUUUAAUAAAGUUGGACAGUACGUACAAGUCGGGAACAGAGAAGCAGCGCAAAUAUGGCAGAUGUAAACCAAGUGAUAUACAAAUAAAAAUAAACCAAGAGCCUCGCGAGGAAACGUCAGUUGUUCUCGAAUGGAACAAACCAUCUACAGGUAAGUCUUGAUUAUUACUCCUGCGGCGGGGUCAAGCGCUAGCCUAAAAAGGUGGAAGAAAAAAAUAUGCAAGCGGUAAGAAAAAAACACACAAAAAAGGGAAUUAAAA